CCUUGCUCGCCAGCUCGGGCGGCUCCGUGUUCUUGUCCUGCAGAGUGCAGGCUGCAGCAGGGGCAGGGGCAGGGGCAGGGCACCCUCUGCCUGCUGCUCGUCGGGGCCCUGUUCGUUCGAGGCGCCAUGGUCCGCAUCAGCAGCGAUGACCGAUGAGCGACGAGGCCACCGCCCGCCGCCGUCCUGUCAGCUCUGGAACGAACGAACGAGAUGCGGCGCGAUCUCGUUGCCCUGCUACUCCGCGCCAGCUCCGUCUCCGGCGGCGCCGGCCACCGGCGCGCCUGCGCAGCUUGGACGCUGCACCCGCUGGCCCUCAAGUCCGGGCGCGCCUCGGAGACCCGCGUGGCGACGGCACUGGCCGUGGCGUACGCGCGGUCGGGCCUCGUCGCGCACGCGCGCCGCGUGUUCGACGAAACACCGCCGCCGCGCAGGGACCUUGUCCUCUGCAACGCCAUGGUCUCCUGCUACGCCGCCCACGGCCUCCCGCGCCAGGCCUGGGCGCUCUUCGCCGCCGCGCGCCGCUCCGGGCUCGACCCCGACGGGUUCACCUUCAGCGCCCUGCUCCGCCCGCCGCUGCCACGCCGUUGUCACCACCACCCCCCCGCCGUCGUCGACAACGUUGUCGACGCGGGGCUGCUGCUCGCGAUGGGAGCCAUGGCGCACGGCCUCGUGCUCAGGCUGGGUCUCCUCGCCGACGUGGUGGUCGCCACCGCGCUGCUCGACAUGUACGCCAAGUGCGGCGGCCGGGUCGACGAGGCGCGCCGGGUGUUCGACGCGAUGGCGGUCAGGAACGUCGUGUCCUGGAACGCGAUGGUCGUCUGCUACGGCCGGGUUGGUGGUGGAGGCAAGGACGCCGUUGAGCUGUUCCGUCGGAUGCUCAGAGACGGGAGCUGCUCCCCGGAUGAGCUCACGCUUGCCAGCGUGCUAAGCUCCUGCGCCGGCAUGGCGGCAGCGAACGAGGCUACUCAGGUUCAUGCUUACGCCGUGAAGAGGGGUCUGCACGGGUUUCUGCAGGUGGCCAACGCUGCUAUCACGGCGUACGGCAAGGCCGGUUUUGUUCGAGAGGCGAAGCAAACGUUUGCUAUGAUCUGCGACCCAGAUGUAGUUUCGUGGUCCUCUAUGAUUUCGUCUUUCGCCUACCUUGGACUCUCUAAGGAUGCAGUUCAUGUGUUUGAGAGAAUGCUCCGACAUGGUGUACAGCCUGACGGCGUUGCCUUCCUUGGAGUUCUUUCUGCCUGUAGUCAUGCUGGUCUUGUUGAAGAAGGCUUACAAUAUUUCCUUAUGAUGACGAGGGGCUACAGCAUCGAUCCAAAUCCGCAGCAUCUUGCUUGUCUGGUUGAUCUCUUAGGGAGAGCUGGCAGGAUUGAAGAUGCUUACAACGUUGUUAUCAAGCUUUCUUGUGAGAGCAAUGCUGAUAUUGUUGGAGCUUUCCUUGGUGCCUGUAAGAUGCGGGGCAAAGUCGAGUUGGCAAAGUGGGCUGCGGAUAGGCUAUUGUGCCUGGAACCAAGUGAGGCAGUAAAUUAUCUGCUUAUGUCCAAUGCAUUUGCUGCUGCAGGAGCUUGGAACGAGCUUGCAAAAGUAAGAAGUGUGAUGAGACACAGGUGUGGCAGCAAGGUUCCUGGCUGUAGCUGGAUAGAGAUAGGUGGAACGGUUCGGACAUUUGUCUCCAACGAUGUGAUGAUCCAUCAGUCGACUGAAAUGCAACAAAUGGUGCAGCUUACUAUUUCAGAAGCACAAAAAGAGUGGAACAAAGACACAACUUGUGAUGAUCCAAUUUUAGUUCGAGAAUGGCAGUGAUACAGAUGUUUGAUUUAUUAUUCUGGAUUAGUUAGGCAUCUGCAAUAGUCCCAGAGCUUAUCAAUGUGAUCUUUUCUCAUGUGGGUAUUCACAGAGAUGACUGAUGUUAGAGUUAACCCAAUGGGUACUGUAGUUGAGUGUGCUGAGUGCACAUGCCACAUCAACGCAAUGGGUACUGUAGUUGGGUGUGUUCAUAAUGGGUGGGGCCGUUGCUAUGCUGGGCAAGAGUCAAGACUGACCCGAUGAACUUACAGAACAGGAGGACCCUGAAAGCUCAAGAACAACCACAACUAGGAGAUACGGAGCAGGAAAAAAAACAAGUGCGCUCAAGAAGUGAAAGGGGAUCCAUAAUCAAAAUCCUUAAAUCAAGUAUCAAGAUGGUCUUGGGCUUGGAUUGCUUUGGUUUUAUGGCGAGGAAGGCAACGGAAUCAUCUAAGCAGCCAGAAGCUGAAGAUGCGAGGAAAAAGAAGGAUGCGGCGGAAGAAGCAGCAUCCCGGGAGGCCAGUGAGAAUAUGGGUGAGAAGGCUGUAGAGAAGAACAAGAAGGGGAUAGGAACAGGGGCACCCCUUGUGGUGCCUCACUUCCCUAGCCGUUCUACCCCUGCCUUGAUCUAGCUAAUCUGAAUUGUUUCCUUCUUUCUGGUGUUCUUGCUGAAGGCAAGUAGGCAAUUAGAGAGGAAAUACCGAGUGGAUGGAUUCAGAGUAGUAGUGGUUUGUAAAAGAGUUAGAAAAUUAGUAGUAGUAUGUAGAGUGAAGUAGCAUACUGAAUUAACAUGAGACCAUCUUGUGCCUGAACAUAACUUGCUUAUAGAGAUGUUGAAUUGUCUAGUA